ACCUUGAGGAGCAAGAAAUAGCUAGACCCUUGCAGUCGUUGAGUUGACCUGCAAAAAGCGGUUCUCCUUCUUCUUCCUUAGGCAGCCCGCAUUCUUAGCGACACCUUCAAUUGCCUUACGUUCUCUCGCUUCACCCCCUUUCCGUCUUCUUCAAUUUUCCUUUCUUUUUUCUUUUUUCUUCCUCAAAUUUUUCCGCUUUCGGAUUCGGAAUUUAUGGUUCUAGGGUGGAGAUACAGAGCAGCCAUUAACGGUAUGGCAGAGAUGUCGAAAGACGACGACGACGCCACGUCACCGGCGCCUCUGUCCUCCAUAGUCGAGGCCUUUGAGAAACUCGCCAAGAUUCUUGAUUCCCAAGAACAAGAUGGUGAUCUGCAGCUGGAUACGUUUUGCCAAGCUUGCUCUUUAGUCUCCAUUCUCUUCAGCUGCCUCGGCCUCGCUUUCAAGUUCGCCGAGAUGGAGUACGUCUCCAAGGUUAAUGAUCUCUCACAAGCAGCGGUGAAUUACGACACUCUAGAAAACAUACUGGAUUUUGAUGUUGCAAAUGACACUGUCAAAUCGCCAGGCAGCCGUUCACGCAACUUACGUCGGGUUAGGCAGGGUCUUGACCUCAUCAGAGCUAUAUUUGAGAACUUUUUGGCAACAGAUGAAGACUCUUUAAAGGAGGCAGCUUCAUCGGCUUAUGCCCAAGUUUGUGCCCCAUACCACACUUGGGCAGUCAGGACAGCAGUUGCUGCUGGUAUGUAUGCUCUUCCUUCAAGGGAUCAACUUCUGACGAAUCUCAAAGAAACCCAUGAAUCGGCAGAGAUUAAAAUGAAACAGUACAUCGGUGCCGCACUUCCGGUUAUAAAGUACAUCGACAACCUGUACCUUUCUAGAAAUAUCGUUUUGGACUGGUGACUUUGAUCUUGCUGAUAAUAAGAAGGUGGUACCAGUUGAAGAGAAAUAUGCAGCUCUCUUUAGUUGUUGAGUAGUAUUUUCAUAUAGUAGGUGUAUAAUUUUUGUCCUGGUUCUUGCCAAGCGAUUUUAUGUUCUCAAGAACAAAGAGGAUCUGUACAUAUAUGUUGUUAUCCUGCCAAUUAUUCGUUUUAUUAGGAGUUGUUUUAUUAGACCACAGUUUCUGAAAUUUUGUUAGUUCUGUUAAACGUUUGUUACAUCGUAAAUCGAAUGCUCCAUUUGGCAA